AUGGGUGUUUGGAUUUGUGGCUUACUUACCCGAAGCGCAAAACAUGCACGGUUUACCUAUUUUUCUUUUCUUACAACGAUGGUGUCAAGUAAGGAGAUCAGAAUCGGUGCUCUUCUAGCCUUGGACACGGUGUUCUUCCUCUUGGAAGUUAUCGUGGGUUAUUCUGUUGGUUCGUUGGCUCUUAUCGCUGAUUCUUUUCACAUGCUCAAUGACAUAAUUUCGUUGAUUAUUGCGUUGUGGGCGGUUCGGGUGAAGAAUAACAAACCGGCUGAUGGUCGUUAUACUUAUGGAUGGCAACGAGCUGAAAUCUUGGGUGCGCUUAUCAAUGCGGUGUUUUUGUUAGCUUUGUGUUUCACCAUCAUCAUUGAGGCGAUUCAGCGCUUUGUUAGCCCUCCAGAAAUCAGUCUGCCAAAGCUUGUUUUGGGAGUUGGAAUUGCUGGGUUGCUCAGUAAUAUUCUUGGUUUGGUGUUGUUUCACGAACAUGGUCACUCACACAGCCAUGGAUCGCCUGGACGCGACGUUGAAAGUGGUGAACAUAGCCAUAGCCAUGGCGAUGAAGAGGCGGUUUCAAGACAAGAAUCCGAAGCCGAUUUGCGGUCUUACUUCCCAGACAAUGUUGUGAGACACUACAGUGAAAGCACGCCUUUGAUUAAUGAAGAUCACGCCAAGCUGCACAAAAAGAAGAAGAAGUCGAUGAAUAUGGAAGGUGUAUUCCUUCAUGUUUUGGGAGAUGCCUUGGGAAAUGUUGGUGUUAUUAUCACGGCACUUUUCAUCUGGAAAACAAACUACUCGUGGAGAUUUUAUUCCGAUCCACUUGUUUCCCUUGUGAUCACUGCUAUUAUCUUUUCCUCCGCAUUACCCUUGUGUCGCCGGUCUUCCAAAAUCCUCUUGCAGGCAACUCCCACUGAUGUUAACUCCAAUCUCGUGGUUGAAAAGAUCGUCAGCUUGCCGUGUGUCAAGUCUAUUCAUGAUUUCCACGUGUGGAAUUUGAAUGAAGAUAUUUUAAUUGCUUCUUUGCAUUUGGAGCUCAACGACACCGAAACGGAAAAUCUUUCAAAUGAAGAACAACAAAUCAACAAACCAGCAUUCGUACAGGCGGUGGCCCAAGUACGUGAAAUCCUUCAUGCUUAUGGCAUUCACAGUGCUACCAUACAGCCCGAGUUUUCCGAUUUGAGGACGGGACAACAGGCAUUAACCAAACGACCAAGUGCGUACGGAGCCACCAAUAAAUCGAGCUGUGUGCUUGAUGAUGUUUCUGGGUGUGAUCCAGACUGCUUAAAGUGA